UUGCCGUCCACACCCUUUCGCCAUAUUUCCAGACCAGCACAGAGAGAAAGGGGAGAGGUUAGAAAUUAACGUAGUUGGGGGCACAGACAUCACCCAGAUCAACUCAUCAGGGAAGAUCGAAAAUCUGUAAACUGGAGACACACAGGGAACCAAUAUAAAACACAUCAAUUUAAUAUACACGCAGACACAUCCAUCCCUACUCGAUUCCUGUUAGAGGCAAUACAUCUCUUCUCCAAAGAUGGCAGCUAACAAGCCUAAAGGACAGAACUCCCUGGUUUUACACAAAGUGAUCAUGGUCGGGAGUGGGGGUGUAGGAAAGUCAGCGUUAACGCUCCAAUUCAUGUAUGAUGAGUUUGUGGAAGACUAUGAGCCUACCAAAGCAGACAGCUACAGGAAGAAAGUGGUGCUGGACGGGGAGGAAGUGCAGAUUGACAUUCUGGACACUGCUGGACAGGAGGACUAUGCUGCUAUCAGAGACAACUACUUUAGGAGCGGGGAGGGCUUCCUCUGUGUCUUCUCCAUCACAGAGCUCGAGUCCUUUGCAGCUACGGCAGAUUUCAGAGAGCAGAUCUUGAGAGUGAAGGAGGAUGAAAAUGUCCCUUUCUUGCUGGUGGGCAACAAAUCAGAUUUGGAAGACAAGAGACAGGUCUCUGUGGAAGAAGCUAAAACACGGGCUGAGCAGUGGAGCGUAAACUAUGUGGAAACAUCUGCAAAAACACGAGCCAAUGUGGACAAGGUGUUCUUUGAUUUAAUGAGAGAGGUCCGUGCACGGAAGAUGGAAGAUAGUAAAGAAAAGAAUGGAAAGAAGAAGAGGAAAAGCCUUGCCAGCAGAAUCAGAGAUAGAUGUUGCAUUUUAUAAUGGCUGGGUCACAUCUGUUUUAGAUGUUGUAUUUUAUAAUGGCAGGGUCACAUCUUCUGUUAUAGGUGUUGCAUUUUAUAAUGGCUGGGUCACAUCUUCUGUUAUAGAUGUUGCGUUUUAUAAUGGCAGGGCCACGUCUUCUGUUGCCCUACCAAAGGAACCCAGUUUGUUAGCAGGCCUGACCAAAAGGCUUGAAGUGAAUUAACACAUACAGGGGGGUACAUCUACACAUUGCUUAAACAUACACAAAACAAAGCAUAAAUUCGGAACUACAGGAGGCAAAGUCUCUCAAAAAUGUUUCAUGUGCUGCCAGAAAAGGAUCACAGUGAAAUUUCUUUCUCUACGACUUGGGGUAAUUUGACAUAACACUUACAGACCAGGCAAUGUCUUUCUUAUUCACUGGAAACCACAGGACUUCUUUCACACACACCAGAAUUAUUUCGAAUGCCUUGAUUUUUAAAUUGUGAAUGUCAGUAGCAGUGUCCUGUGCGCCUUCUGCUAAUCUCUCGAUAUGCAAUUUAAGUAGCAAACCUGAUUCAGACAUUGCCUUUUUUCCCCUCUAUCUUUAGCUAAAUUGACUAUCUACAGCUGCUCUAGUAACAAAAAAAGCUAUUGUAAAUAAAUAUUUGACUGCCUUAAUUUAACAGAAAACCCUGCGUUGGUUGCGUGAAGUCUGACUAUUUGUAUGCAUAAGAUAUCGUGAAUAGGUGUUUGCAAGUGGUGUCUGUAUGGAUUUCUAAUGUGUGCCAUAUACGAGUAACCCGUUUGUCUCUGUUAACAGAUCUUAGUUACUGUAUUUUACUGGUCGUUCUGUUUACAGAGUGUGGACUUAAAAGCACAUUUUAUAGUGCUCUGGAGAGUAUCGGGUCCUCUAGAGAGACUGGGUGUUAAUUAUUGUAAGUAAAGCUUAAUUGAAUUCUAUUUUAAAAAAUAAUAAUUCAUAAUAAAAUCCAAGUCUCCUAAUUUGCAUAGCCCAAGAUAUGUAUGAAACUUGCAAUUACUGUUGUCUUGCAUUGACACAGGGAACGUCGGGGAACAUUGCUUCAUGCUUUAAGGCGUGUUUGUGUCACUGAAGAGCUCCUGUAUGUCCUUUGGACAAAACAUGCUUCAGGUAAACUGGAAUGUUUGUGUAGACUCUCCCGCAAUGUGAACUAGCCAGGAAGCCUAGCUGAAUAUAUACCUGAAAAAGAUGCAAUGUAAAAGUGCUACAGCACUCAUUUGUACUCUAGGGGUUUGUGAAUCUUUUAAAAUAGUUUUUGGUGUGGUAGGUUUUUGGCCUCACUGGUGAUCCUAUUGUGAACACACUUCCACAAACUGAUUUUAUGCAGAAGGAAUAGGAAGUUUUCCUACCUGCUCCACCAACAGAAUUAUGUUAUGCUGUAAACUUUAAAUAAAGACUAUGUAGCAGGGUUCCAAAACAAAUACAGCGUUACACGUCCCCAUUGUUGCUACAGCUGUU